UACCGUUAUUCGCCCUUUGGGCUUUUGUCUGCUGACAACAAAAGUGCACAGCUGAUUACUUACCCAGCACGUAGCUUCACGCAUUGCCCUCGGAAAAUUGAAUUUAGCUGACUCCUGAUGUGAUAUCACACUUUAGGAUUGUGAUCAUGCUCGACUUUAGAUGACACGGGCAGCAGUGCCAGAGUGCUGACCCAAUGUUGUCUCAAUUUUACUUCUCUUGACUAUGUUUGUUGUGAGUCACAACCUUUCUCAGACUCCCUUCUUUGUCAAGAUAUUUGAAGAUGGGUAAAGCAUAUCUGCACCAAUACUUUCAAAGUGUUGUCACAGCAUCCUCUUUCCAAGCUCUUAUUCAGCUAGUGUGAGAACCCAACUCUCGAGAAAUGGCUGUCACUUACGCUGAUCUUGUAGCUUUCGGAUUUGCUUACGUUGAGGAUAAUGUAUCAGCUAAUGUCAAAAAACAUAAACUUUCUGUUAAGAGGUCGCCUGUUCCUUUGCUAACUUCUGAGGACAUGUGUUUGUGUGAGGAAGAAGAUUUCAUUAUUUUUGCUGAAUUCUCUGAAGUGAAAGGGCCAGUGGCACUUUUCACAGUACCAUCAUAUGUUCAGCAUGAUGAAAAAAUUGAUAUUAAUAGUUUUAUCAUGAGAAUUAUGUCAGUUGACUACCAAGCAAAUCCUGGAGGCCAAUUUUGCAUCUGCCAAGAUACACAAAUUCUUCAGACAUACGUUUCUCACAACCGCCAUGCUUAUGUGCACUAUUUUACUUUGUAUGACCUACACGCAAGAGGCUUUGUGCGUCCUCUCUGUGUUGCUUACGUAAGUUCAAACCAUCAGAAACUCCACAGAAUAUUUCCCCAAUUGAGGGAACACUUUUUAAAGGUAACAGAAGCUAUUAAGGUGAACAAUCGUCAACAUUUUAGAAAUGAAAUAAAACCCUUACUUUUUAGUCUCAAAACUUGUAAUAAGGAUGAAGGUGUAACAGAGGAAUCUCAAGAGACAGAUCUGUCGAAUAUUAUUUCAAAGAUGAACAUCCAACCUGGGCAAUGCUUGCAUCAGUAUGAAGAUUUGAAAUUUAUGCUCACUGCUGUUGAAUCUUCACUUGUGGGUGUGGAGUGUACUCUGGCUGCUCUAGACCAUUGGUCUAAUGCACUGACAUACAAGGAUUCUCCCAGCCCCAAAGAGCUGCAGGACUACCUGGCAUUGAUAUCACCAGCUUCUUAUUUAAAACACAUGAACCUGAAUGGGAGCAAUUGUGUGGUAGAAAAAAAGCUUCGCCCUAUUCCUGCCUUGUGCCCGUGGGGCUCUGCUUGUGCGUUGUCGUUAUUAUUGAGUGCACUUCAGAGCUUUGGUUCUUGUGACCUGAGUGCCUGUUUGGGUUAUUUUCCAUCGCUCUCAUCAACACAGAGAAACACUACAUCACAAAAGCAAGAUGAACCCAAUGCCUGGGAAGCUUUGAUGAAAUCGGAAUUCCUCCAGCUCCUACAAGCAUUAUCUGUUGGUGCACUGGAGGCAUCUACACCAUCCUUGGAUGAGCAGGAAUGUUAUCCUACAGAGGGAUCCAGUUUCAAAGAAGGAGGAACCAGUGGCAAUGAAGGGAGUAGCAGUUAUCAUUCCUUAAGUGAUUCCAACUCUGAUGCCAAAAACACAGUGAGGGGAGAUUCGGUUCCCUCAUCAUUUCAUGUAUCUACUGAUUUGUCCUUAGAAAGUACAGUUCAAAGGACUCAAGAAAGAGUGGGUUUUCAAGACAGCUUUCAUACUGUAAAUGAUAAUUCUUUUAGCCCAUGUCAGCCUCCUGGAGGGGAGGACUUCCACUCCAUAAUUGGUAGCUGUUCAUCCCCUCAGUGUUCUAUUAACAAUAAUAUCUCAGAUGAAAAUACUGACAAUUCUGAAGUUCAGUACUCGAGUACCAGUAGCAGUAACGGCAGUGAGAGUUUUCAUGAUAUUCUGGAGGCUCUUCACAGUGAUGACAACUGGAGUCUGGGCAGUAUAGAUGAAACUUUACCUCUUGGUGUUCCAUGGAAUCAGUGCCUAUGGACUCGACAGAAACCUAUUACCAAGUCAGGUCACCGGCUGCUUAAAUUCUUUUGGACAUACAGAUCAGCUGCACAACAUAUUAUUUAUUCCCUCCUGAUGGGCAGAACCCUUGUUCUGACAGGGGAUGCAUCAUCUGAACGCCGGGUUCAACGAGUUAUGAGUGCAUUGAGUCCUUUGAUACCUCCCUUGGAUAGUAAUGGACUCCGCGUGUUGAGGUGGCAUCAAGGGAUUCUAGUCAGUGCCCACAUAGCUAGCUAUCAACUCAUUGGCAUGUGCAUUCCAGAAAGACUGUCUAUACAUGAUAUGAUAAGUCCUAGGGACAAAAAUAGUGUUACAAUCUUGGAUGUGAAUACAGAACAAUUACUUGGUCCAGCAUACCAUGGGCAUUUACUGGCUCCCAUUGGAAAUAAUGUUCGAGAUUUUCCAAGUGAUCACAGUUUACUACUCUACAUGCAGAGCGUACUUAGUGGUAUUGGACGCAAACUUCAGGCAUACAAAGCUUUAAUGGCAGCAUGCAAUAAUGAACUUCCAAGCCAUGCUUGUCGGCAGUUGGAUGUUCAGGGAUGUGAUGCUGAUAUAAUACGUUACCUCAGCAAGAUUUCCUUUUAAGUUCCUGCAUUCUAAUAAUGUAAUUUAUUCAUGUAUUUUUAUAAAGCCAGACAUGUUUUUCAUUCUGACAAAUGUGAAAGAAUGGUGACUCCAUUUUGGUGUUUGAUUCUGUGAUCUGCUUCUGUGUUAAUGUUUUCUUGCUCACAUUUGUAAACAAAUAUUUUACCAUGGUGACACUGAAGCUUUCAGCUCUUUUAACAACCCUUAAAUAAUGUACUAGAAAUUAUUUUUUACUUAUAUUGAUGACAAUAAUCUUUAUGACCAGUUGUUAAUGUACUUACUAAGUGACUUGUACCUUUCAGUACAGAACUCACAUGUAUUUUCCUUGCUAGAUAAUAUUUGAUGUGUCACUUUAAUGUGAAAGACCUUUUAAUUGUCUUUAGUUGUAAGAACUCAAUUGAACUUUACAAGUAUUAUUUUUUAGUGUAAGACGCUCGCAGCCAAAAUGUUUCAGAUAACAUCACAUGUCCUGUAUAGAACUUUUUUAAAUAAAUAACAAACUGUAUUUUGA